UUCACAAGCGCACGGCUGAGGAAUUUUAGCUAAGGCCCUUCCAUGGGACCGUCGCGUAAGUGGCUUGCUUGGAACCCUGGUCGCCAUCUUUAUGUAUCAAUCUAAAAAGUGUGAAGGGUAUCCCGGGAAGAUGGAGGUGAUGGCUAUGGCUACUAGCUCUGCACAUAAUGCAAGUGGAAGUGGGUAUGUGUUUGCCAGGUCUGAUGGGGAGUUGGAAGAACAAGUGCGGGAGGCAAUUGAAGCGUCUAAUGACGAUUUUGCAUUCCGCAUUCAACUCCAAGAAAUCCUCCGCUUUUCUGAUUUUACUUUUGCUUAUAAUCUGCAGCUUGCUGACAUCAACACUUCUUUGCCUGCUUCCUCCUCGUUUUCUGACCAGGAGUUGCUUGAUGAAUAUGAAUUUCUUCCCAAAAAUCAGUAUGAACAAGGACAGGAUUAUCAGGGAAGAACAGAAAAGGCAGUGGGCUCUUGGCAAUGUCCAUACAGAAGGCAGGGGUCAGUGCCAACUGAGUUAUGUGGUAUCUGUUUUGAGGAUUCUUUACCAGAGAUGUUUGAGGGCAUGCACUGUUUGCAUCGCUUUUGCCAUUCUUGCAUGACACAAUAUAUACAUUCAAGGCUGCAACAGAAGAGGCAGAACAUUUAUUGUCCCCAGGACUCUUGUCAAGAAGCCCUGACACCUCAAGAAUGCCGCUAUUUUCUGCCAUCAGAAAUCUUUGAUCAGUGGUCAGCUGUGAUCGUGGAGGCCCAAAUUCCUGAGUCAGAAAAGGUCUAUUGCCCUUUUCCUAAUUGCUCCGGGUUGCUGGUAAAGGAGGACGUUGCAAGCUUAAGGGCAGAUGACAUAUUGAAUGCAGAAUGCCCAUUCUGUAACAGAAUGUUUUGUGUGCGAUGCAUGGUGCCCUGGCAUGCUGAACUUACCUGCUCUCAAUUCCAGAAUCUGCCACCUGCAGAAAGAAGUGAAGCAGAUUUACAGCUUUUCAAGCUUGCCCAGGAUUGCAAAUGGCAACGCUGUGGGAAAUGCAAGGGCAUGAUUGAAUUAGCAUUUGGAUGCAAUCACAUGACAUGCAGGUGUGGACAUGAGUUCUGCUACGUGUGUGGCACGGAAUGGGCGAAUGGAUGCCCAAAUUGCUCUUGUCCUCGAACCACUGUGAACCGCCUUACCAUGAAUUGAAUUGAAUUGGCUCUACUACAGUAACUGGUUUUUUUGUAUAGAAUUACCAAAAGCUAAAGUUGUAUAUGGAUUUUGUUGCUUUGCAUAUGCAUUAAAGGACAUAGUCUCUACCCUUUGGGACAAAGUCCAUUCUUAUGCAGUUAUAUAAUAGUUGAUAUUGAAAAUAAACUAGACUCAUCAUUGAGCAGCCCUGUUAGUGUUUAAUGAUGUACACUAGUAAUCAAGUAUAAGAAAAUUAUAUUAUGAUUACUUUUAUAGACA